GGGGGGGCGCCUCCGCACUCGGCCGCGGCAGCCCUGCCGCCCCCCGCCUACGGCUUCGGGCCGCCCUACGGCCGGAGCCCGUCCGCCGUCGCCGCCGCGGCGGCCGCCGUCUUCCACCAACAACAUGGCGGACAACAAAGCCCUGGCCUGGCAGCGCUGCAGAGCGGCGGCGGCGGGGGCCUGGAGCCCUAUACGGGGCCCCAGCAGAACUCGCACGACCACGGCUUCCCCAACCACCAGUACAACUCCUACUACCCCAACCGCAGCGCCUACCCCCCGCCCCCCCAGGCCUACGCGCUGAGCUCCCCGAGAGGUGGCACUCCGGGCUCCGGCGCGGCGGCCGCGGGCUCCAAGCCGCCGGCCUCCUCCAGCGCCUCCGCCUCGUCGUCGUCUUCGUCCUUCGUUCAGCAGCGCUUCGGGGCCAUGGGGGGAGGCGGCCCCGCGGCGGCCGGUGGCGGCAACCCGCAGCCCACCGCCACCCCCACCCUCAACCAACUGCUCACGUCGCCCAGCUCGGCCCGGGGCUACCAGGGCUACCCGGGGGCCGACUACGGCGGCGGGCCCCAGGACGGGGGCGCGGGCAAGGGCCCGGCGGACAUGGCCUCGCAGUGCUGGGGGGCUGCGGCGGCGGCGGCGGCAGCGGCCGCCUCGGGAGGGGCCCAACAAAGGAGCCACCACGCGCCCAUGAGCCCCGGGAGCAGCGGCGGCGGGGGGCAGCCGCUCGGCCGGACACCCCCGGUAAAACGCCGCGCGGGGAGGGGGCUGGGGCGAGUGGGGCCGGGGGCCGGGGGGUGGCUGGGUGGCGGCCGCGGGGAGCGGGCGGCUCCGAGGGCUUCCCUCGGGCCUGGGCCCCCGCUGCCUGGGAGCUGCCAUUGUCUGGCUCUUCUCUCUUAA